AUGGCGUCGCUCACCGUGAAGGCCUACCUUCUGGGCAAGGAGGACGCAGCCCGCGAGAUCCGCCGCUUCAGCUUCUGCUUUAGCCCGGAGCCCGAGGCCGAAGCCGAGGCCGCGCCUGGCCCCCGGCCCUGUGAGCGGCUGCUGAGCCGGGUGGCCGCGCUGUUUCCUGUGCUCCGGCCCGGCGGCUUUCAGGCGCACUACCGCGAUGAGGACGGGGACUUGGUUGCCUUUUCCAGUGACGAGGAACUGACGAUGGCGAUGUCAUAUGUGAAGGAUGACAUCUUCCGUAUUUACAUUAAAGAGAAGAAGGAGUGCCGGAGGGAUCACCGCCCCCCGUGUGCUCAGGAGGUGCCCCGAAACAUGGUACACCCCAACGUGAUCUGUGAUGGUUGUAAUGGGCCGGUGGUGGGGACCCGCUACAAGUGCAGCGUCUGCCCUGACUACGACCUGUGCUCUGUCUGCGAGGGGAAGGGCAUGCACCAGGAGCACAGCAAGCUCGCCUUCCCCAGCCCCUUUGGGCACUUCUCUGAGGGCUUCUCUCACAGCCGCUGGCUCCGGAAGCUGAAACAUGGGCACUUUGGGUGGCCUGGCUGGGAGAUGGGCCCACCGGGGAACUGGAGCCCACGUCCUCCUCAGGCAGGGGACGUCCACCCUGGUCCUGCCACGGAAUCAGCCUCUGGUCCAUCAGAAGAUCCCAGUGUGAAUUUCCUCAAGAACGUGGGGGAGAGUGUGGCAGCCGCCCUCAGCCCUCUGGGCAUUGAAGUCGAUAUUGAUGUGGAACAUGGAGGCAAGAGAAGCCGCCUGACCCCCGCCUCUGCAGGCAGUUCCAGCACAGAGAAGUGUAGCUCUCAGCCAAGCAGCUGCUGCUCUGACCCCAGCAAGCCAGACGGGGAUGUGGCAGGCACAGCAGAGUCUCUGACAGAGCAAAUGAAUAAGAUCGCCCUGGAGUCAGGGGGUCAGCCUGAGGAACAGAUGGAGUCUGAUAACUGUUCAGGAGGAGAUGAUGACUGGACUCAUCUGUCUUCAAAAGAGGUGGACCCGUCUACAGGUGAACUCCAGUCUUUACAGAUGCCUGAAUCUGAAGGGCCAAGCUCUCUGGAUCCUUCCCAGGAAGGACCCACAGGACUGAAGGAAGCUGCAUUGUACCCACAUCUGCCACCAGAAGCUGACCCCCGGCUGAUUGAGUCCCUCUCCCAGAUGCUAUCCAUGGGGUUCUCUGAUGAAGGCGGCUGGCUCACCAGGCUUCUGCAGACCAAGAAUUACGACAUUGGGGCUGCCCUGGACACCAUCCAGUAUUCAAAACACCCACCACCUUUGUGA